AUGGCUGCUCUUUCUUCCUCAUCUUUGUAUCAUAAAUUCCAUUCCUCUACUCUUGCUUACUAUUCGAAUUCGAAUUCGAAUUCGAAUUCGAAUUAUGAGUCGAGUUCUUGUUUUACAGCAAAACCCGUUGGAUAUUCCAGCAGAAGAAACGGCCUUAGCAUUACUGGAGGCCUCAGAAUUCAAAAUGCAGCAACAAAACCUGCAAAGUCACCAGCUGAAGAAGAAUGGAAGAUCAAACGGCAGCUUCUACUCGGGAAAAGGGUAAGGAGUGUGGACGCUAAGGAAGCAUUUCGGCUUCAGAAAGAAAAUGACUUUGUGAUUCUUGACGUACAGCCAGAAGCAGAGUUCAAAGAGGCACAUCCUCCGGGUGCUAUUAACGUGCAAAUAUAUAGACUUAUAAAAGAGUGGACGGCGUGGGAUAUAGCUAGACGAGCUGCAUUCGCAUUUUUUGGCAUCUUUUCUGGAACAGAGGAGAAUCCUGAGUUUAUCCAAAGUGUUGAGUCAAAAAUAGAUAAGAGUGCAAAGAUAAUUGUUGCCUGCUCGGCCGGUGGAACGAUGAAGCCAUCACAAAAUUUCCCAGAAGGCCAACAGUCAAGGUCACUCAUAGCAGCUUACUUGCUGGUUCUCAAUGGUUAUACUAAUGUCUAUCACUUAGAAGGAGGACUUCACAACUGGUUUAAAGAAGACCUUCCAUCAGAAUCUGAAGAAUGA